AUGCAUCUGUCUUCACACACUUGGAUGCGGCCAGAACCACUCGAGAAGACUCUCGAGAGGCUUGUACGCCUUGGAUACACUUCCAUUGAACUAGCCGGCGAACCAGACCAGUUUCCCAUCGAGAAAACCCGCCAACUUCUGCAAAAAUACAACAUCAAAUGCUGGGGAACCGUCACUGUCCAGCAUGGCAAGCGAAAUCUACUCGCCGCCGACCCUCAGCAACGACGAGACACGAUCCACUACAUGAAGCAGGUCGUAAGUAUGUCAGCUGAGCUCGGUGGAGAAAUAGUCACCGUUGUACCAGGGAACGUCGGCACCAUCGUCCCCUCAUCUACUCCCGAAAACGAGUGGAAGUGGGCUGUUGAAGGCCUUCGUGAAGUUGCCGCCUUUGCACACGAGAAAGGCAUCAGAGUUGCGCUUGAACCUCUCAACAGAUUCGAGACAUACUUCCUCAACCGCACCAACCAAGCUCUCACUCUUGCUGAUGAGGUCGGACAUGACGUCGGCAUUGCAUUUGACCCCUUCCAUCUAGCUCUAGAAGAGAAAGACCUUCUAGCCGCAAUCAAAGCCUGUCACUCUCGCAUCGUGGAUUUCCACGUAAGCGACAACAACCGUCUUGCAGCUGGAGAUGGGUCUUUUGAUUGGCCCAGUAUAAUGGAAGCUUUGGUCGAAGCGGGCUACAAUGGUGGCUUGACUGUUGAGUUUAUGCCAUCGAUUGAUCGUACACCUGUUGGUGACUUUGGAAAGAAGCAGCUUGAGACCGGGAAGGUUGAUGUUACACCAGAUCAGCUGCAGUUCAUUGUCGAUCAUGGAUCUGGAUUGUUGUCUGAUAGUUACUAUACUGAGCUUUUGAGGAGAUCUGCUGAGACGAUGGCGCCUUAUGUUAAGAAAUAG